AUGGUCGACAAGAUACCAGGUGCCCCAAAGUUACUACCAAAACGAGACGUUGGUCAAUUUAUCGAGCAACCGUACAGCGAAAAAGCGGCUCCAUAUGCCAUUCCCAAAACCUUCAAAAUGCCACUGUACCUGAAGAUAUACGAUGGUACUAUAGAUCCAGUAGAUCAUAUCGUCCACUACGCUAUAGCGGUGAAGGGAAACGAUCUCUCGAAGGAGCAAGUAACAUCGGUACUACUAAAAACGUUCGGUGAAACCCUAACAGAGGGAGCCCUAACCUGGUAUUCACAACUACCAGCGCGGUCAAUAACAACGUUCGAGGAAAUGGCCGACAAGUUUGUCAUUGCCCAUGUAGGGGAUAAGAAGGCGGAAGCCAGGGUGAAUGACAUAUUCGCUAUUAGGCAAUCACCUGGCGAGAGAAUCAUGGACUUCCUCUCCCGAUUUAACAGGGUGAGAAUGAGCCUACCAAAUGUAUCAGAAGGGAUGGCGGUAGCGGCCUUCCAGAACGAGCUGAGCAGGAACGGGUCGAGAGCAACCAGAAAAUUAUUAAGCAGGCUCAUGAAAUACCCUCCCACCACCUGGGAAGAAAUCCACAAUGCCUAUUGUGCCGAGGUGAGAGCCGACGAGGAUGAUCUUAAUGGUCCAAUCCAAUGGCUAACAUUGGUUCAAGCAGAAUCGAGAAGGGAUCGUCAUAAUGAUGGUCGAAGGGAUCAGUCGGGCCCCCGUCUCAACCGAGAAAGACAUCAACCCUACGUCAGAACAGCCGUCCUACCACCUCCUCGACAUAUGGAAGGGCCGCCUAGGCCGUACACUGGGUCUCAGCGAAACGAAAGAGAAAUAGUGUAUGCACUAGAGAAGCUCGACACGAAUGUGAAACGGCCAAAAAAGAUGAAGUCUGACCCAAAUAUUAGGAAGUCAAACGCCCUCUCUGAAUUUCACCAAGAACGAGGUUACAAAACCGAGGAUUGCAUAGGUCUGCGACAAGAGGUAGUGAGAAUGUUAAACCAAGGGCACUUGAAAAAACUGAUGAGCGAUCGCGGACGAGCCAACUUUGCCCGCAGACGCGAACUACCCCAGGGACCUCCAAAGCCGCCCUCUCCAGCUCGCACUAUCCAAAUGAUCAUCGGUGGAGGCGACGAAGCAACGAUCAACCAUGUGAAGUUCACCACCAUGCAUAAAUUUAAACGGUCGAUGACCCACGAACGGUACGACGAGUUUGGAGACAGUAUCAUCUUCGAUAAGUCAGAUAUCGACGAUUUGACUUUCCCUCAUUUCGAUGCUCUUGUUAUUACUUUACGUAUCUUAGACACUGAUGUAAGAAGAAUAAUGGUAGAUGAUGGAAGUGGCGCAUGUAUUAUCCACCCUCGAGUCCUCGCACAAAUAAGACUCGAGGACAAGAUAAUACUGCGUUGCAUAACACUAACAGGUUUUAACAAUGCAGUUGAGCGAACCUCCGGGGAGAUAACGCUACCCGUUUUGGCUGGGGGUGUCACCUUGGAAACAAUAUUCCAUGUCAUGAACCAAGACACAACUUACAACGCCAUCAUAGGGUGGCCCUGGAUACACGCCAUGAGGGCCAUCCCGUCGAGCCUCUACCAGGUAAUCAAGUUCCCUACUCCAUGGGGAAUAUUCAGUAUUAUGGGCGAGCAACGCACCGCCCAAGAAUGCUAUCACAUCGCCCAGGACUGCACGUACACCCAAUAG